GUCACUUUUCUAUAAGCCUUUCCAUCUGAAGGGAAAUUUUUAAUUAAGUUCUCAUAGUUGACGCAACACUGGACAAAAUUCUUUAAGAGGAAUAAGAGUGUUUGGAGAAAGACCUUGUUAUUCUGCUCAAUCGUGAUGGAGGCAGAAGAACAGCUGCAAUGGAAAACAAACUUUUACUCAGAGUUACCGAAAGUGGAACUUCAUGCUCACUUGAAUGGAUCCAUUAGUUCUAAUACCAUGAAGAAAUUAAUAGCUAAGAAACCAGGUCUUAAAAUACAUGAUCAGAUGACUAUGAUUGAUAAAGGAAAGAAAAGAACUUUAGAAGAGUGUUUCCAGAUGUUUCAGAUUAUUCAUCAGCUUACUACUAGCACUGAAGAUAUCCUAAUGGUCACAAAAGAUGUCAUUAAAGAAUUUGCAGAUGAUGGUGUCAAGUACCUGGAACUAAGGAGCACACCCAGAAGAGAAAAUGCUACAGNAGAAGGUCCUUCAGGGGCCAAGGAGACUGUUAAACUUGCUAAAGAAUUCUUCCUUUCUACUGACGAUACAGUUCUUGGCCUUGACCUCAGUGGAGACCCUAAAGCAGGACAAGCAAAAGAUUUCUUGGAGCCACUUUUAGAAGCAAAAAAAGCAGGUCUGAAGUUGGCAUUACACAUUUCAGAGUUGUGGAGGACAUUGCUUCACUGGCCCAAGACUGAUGAUAAAGGUGUUUUUGCAACACACCUUUCCCAAGAAUACCAGCUGGCAGCAGAAACAUUUAAUUUGACCCAGUCUCAGGUAUGGGAUCUGUCUUACGAAUCCAUCAACUACAUCUCUGCUUCUGACAGCAUGAGGUCUGAACUGAGGAGGAAAUGGAAUCAUCUGAAGCCCAAAGUGUUACAUUUUUAAGCUAUAAUGAGGUGAAUUCCUUUUGAGUAUGUGUUGCAGCUAAGAUCUUCCUGCCAUAUCCCACUUAGUAAACCGUCCACUGCUCUUUGAAGCAUAGCAUACCAUGAAGCAAACCAUGGUACCAUGGGCUCUAUCACCAGUCCCUUACUCAUGGUGGGCACUCAGUAAAUAUAUCUUAAACUGAGAA